AUGCUCCUUCCAAGAGAAAUCGGACCGGGCUGUUUGUCGCUCUGGGAGAGGCCUAGCCACUUUGCCGCGGUCUUGCAUCUAUACCUGAGCCCUACCAUCCACGCGCGCCGGCAACCAUGCAAACGGUCCUUCGUUCCGAUGAUCUACGGCCGCUCAGACUGCGGACCUCUGAUCCUGAUCACGGACCUCACUGGAACCGUCUUGUAUAGUGAGACAAACCGGGUGCACCGGUCCAGAUCGAGAGCCGCCAGCCCCCCAGCGCAGCAACAGCCAAUAAGGACAUAG